ACAACGUCGUGGUCCGUCAGUUUGAUCGGAGUUUUGUAGCCGGGCGCAAGGCAAAAACAGCAGCAGCGCGGUGUACGAAGACGCGAAUGCCGCUACGUAUUUUGUUUCUUCCGGCCAUCGCGGUUGUUGUUUUGAUUGACAGAAACAUACGGUGUGCGUUUUGCGGAGGGCCUCGAGUUGUUUUGUCCCGGUUUUUCUAGUGCCGAAAGUUCACCAAAUUUAACCGUGUGCCAGAUUCUGACGUUUUAAUAAAACCAAAAUAUACCUCAAAUGUGCAUUAACAAGUGUUCCUGACAUUCGCUCCAAAUCAAAGAGCCGUAUAAAUCAAAUGAAAACUCCAAGUGAAAGGACAAAGCGCUUGCUCGUGACGGACAGUGACUGUACAGCCGUGAAUUUGGCCACCACGGUCGCCGGCGGGUUGUCCCGUGUGCGACGACCAGAUGUGUGAUACGCGUGUGUGAAGUACACUAGCCUACCAGCCAGUUCAUUGCCAUACGCGGUAAUUGCCCGCGCCUCGCCACCUAGCCCAGUCCAAGUCCGCGAAGUUCGAGCGUGUUAUUUAGUGUUUAGUUACCGUGUACGCCACGCCAUCGUAGCCCGAGCCUCACAAGUGCCUCACUUCGAUUUUCAAUCGCAAACACAACAGUGGCCCUGCAGAAUGUUCUCCUCGAUGCCACCGAGCGCUACCGGCGUUGGUAGCGGAACGGACGCGAAGAAAGCGCCCAGCAAUUGGUUCUGGUCACUUCGCCGUCAACCGAAGCCGAAAAAAGCUAUCCUCGAACCGGACAAACCGUUGCAGAAGAGUUGCGUCGAUCUAUCGUCCGCCACAACGAACGGAAGCACAACUCUGUUCGGCCAGUCCCGUCUGGACGAGGCAGUGUCCACCAGCAGUUCCUCCAUCGAACGUCCACCGGUCGGUUGUACGUGCGAGUAUGUGCAAGUGUUUGAACCGCCGGAAACGACCGGCAGCAUCUCGACGACCGCCACCAUCACGACGACGGUUUCUCGCCAUCAGCACGACGCGCUGCUAGAAUCUGCCUCGUCCGAUAGUAAUCUUGCCUUAAGUUGCUCCACUUCAACGCUAGAGGGCGGCGCGGUCGGUGUGCAACCGUACGCGACGAACAGUUUGCGGCGCCGGAAGGAACAGGUCGUGUACGGUGCGAAAACGGUCACGACAGUCACGAAGACGACCGUGCUGAACCGUCAGCGAACGUAUCGCGUGGGACUCAUCUUCAGCGACAAUGGCGAGCUACUGAACAGCAACCUUGACCUGCGGCAGCUGGUCGAGGAAAGUAAGCGCAACUUCCUAAACGCGCUCGGGAAGGCGGGUGAGUCGGAGAGUGCUCUGGCCAUUCCACCGCCGCCCCGAUUACCACCGUCGGACCCUGCCAAAGAGCCGAACAACAACGAGCGGGCGUUGAAACAAUCGGCAAACGCGGGUGAACUGCAGCAGCAGUUUAGCAUACUGGACGAUAGCAAUUUCGACUUCAUCGACGAUAGUGCCGAUCUGUUCAACCGCAACUAUCCCCAUCAACCGCCGCCAGCGUCGUCAACCGUGGCCGAACUGCCAAGGUCGCCGGUGUUGGCAUCGCCGGGUGUGGCGCUUCCCAUUACCAAAGUGUUGCGUAUGUGCAACAACUGUAAAAACAAGAGUAAUCUAGUCUACCAGCGGAGCUGUUCGCAACCGAAUCGUAAGCAAAUCAACGAUGAGCUGAACGAGGUCGAGUCGGAGAUGAAAUCCCACGAAAGCAAGGAGGAGAACAAACAUUCCAACAAAGACAAACAGAUGGCGCUAGGGCGGAAAAAGUUCAACAUGGAUCCAAAGAAAGGAAUAGAAUUUUUAUAUGAAAACCAGCUCCUAAGGACAGAUCCCCAGGAUGUCGCGCAGUUCCUGUACAAAGGGGAAGGCCUCAACAAAACGGCAAUUGGUGAUUAUUUGGGCGAAAAGAAUGACUUCAACGAGCAAGUGCUGAAGGCCUUUGUAGAGUUACAUGAUUUUACGAAUCUUAUACUGGUGCAAGCUUUAAGACAAUUCCUCUGGUCAUUCAGACUGCCCGGCGAGGCGCAGAAGAUCGAUCGCAUGAUGGAAUGCUUCGCCCAGCGGUACUGUCAGCUCAAUCCGGACAUCUUCACCAACACGGACACGUGCUACGUGUUGAGCUUUGCCAUCAUUAUGCUCAACACAUCGCUCCACAAUCCAUCGGUAAAAGAGAAGCCUACGGUUGAACAGUUCAUUUCCAUGAAUCGUGGUAUCAACAAUGGGGGCGAUUUGCCGCGCGAACUGUUGGAGUCCUUGUACGAGUCGAUACGAGCGGAACCGUUUAAAAUACCUCAGGACGAUGGGAACGAUCUGAUGCACACCUUCUUCAAUCCGGACAAGGAGGGAUGGCUGUGGAAGCAGGGUGGAAGAUAUAAAUCGUGGAAACGAAGGUGGUUCAUUCUGAACGAUAACUGUCUCUACUACUUCGAGUACACCACCGACAAGGAACCGAGAGGGAUCAUUCCAUUGGAAAACAUUGCGGUGCGUGAGGUAACGGACCGCAGCAAACCGCACUGCUUCGAGCUGCACGCUAGCGGCGGUGCCGACAUCAUCAAGGCGUGCAAAACCGACAGCGAGGGUAAGGUGGUGGAAGGUAAGCACACCGUCUACCGGAUGUCGGCCGCAACCGAGGAGGAGCAGCAGGAGUGGAUCAACCGGCUCAACCAAUCGAUCAGCCACAAUCCGUUCCACGACAUUCUAGUACAAAGGAAAAAGAAAGCCCUGGCAAAAAGUUAGUUAGCACUGUCCUGUUUGAAGAACUAAACCCCGUUAAAAACAACAAACACGCAAAACGUUGGGACUGCAGAAAAUGCGGCUGCUGCACCACAUUUAUUACAAAGCAUACACAUUCAAACAAAUGAUACAAAGAAAAUGUUCUCAUCGGCCACAGUUCCAUUAUGAAGUAUGAAAAAAAAGAAAAGAAAAUAGGAAAAACCAAAUUGAACAAAAGACAAAUGUUUGAGGGAAAGCGGUUUUUAAAAAGUUUUAAAAAAAUAUCAAAAAAAUCCCACACACACACAUACAAACAAACAAAAAAAGCAGCUGGCAGUUCAAGAUGGAUCGUGAAAGAUGGAAACCAUUUCUUGCAAAACCAUUUAUCAAACGUGAAAUUCAAACGUAAAGCGUGCUACUAAAACCCAUUUGCGCCGAGUAGUUAAGCAGCAAGCAAACAAAAAAAAAAAAAAAACAGAAGAAGGACAUCCAUUCAACUGCAUCGUCAUUGAACCUUGGCUGCAUUGCAUUUGAUCGUGCUUUCGUGUCCCGAUUAACCAAUGCUUCCCUCAAACUGCUUCCUCUCGUUUCUAUGGAAACGAUCGUUUGCUGUCGUUGGUUUCUGCGUUUUUUUGUUGCCUUGCGUUUUGUAGUAGUGUAGAGAGCGUGUAAUAACACCAGUAUGAGAUUUUUUCCAUCGUUCGCCUGCCAGUGUAUUUGUGCGUGCGUCCGUGCCCAGUGUUCCGUGCCGGAAGCUUCUGCGUGUGUAACCAACUGUGGGCCAACUAAACAGGAAUCAAUAUGUGUUUGUGUAUGUGUUUGUUCGUUUGGUUAAAGUUAGGACGUUUAGGUCAGAAAAGAGGUUAGUUAAUCCGUUAAAGUGCGCUUGAUACGUUUAGGUGUAGUGGUAGUGGCGGAAAUUAGUUUCUACGUGUGAAUUGUUGCGUUGGGUUCUGUUUGCUAGUGUUGCAUCCCCCCUUCCGCCUAAGGAAUGGGGUGAUUAACGCGGGUUUUGUCAUUACAACACUCUACAAUAAUACAACUGCCUAUCCUUACCUUGUUUCCGCACACUGCUGCGCCCACGGUGCCUCCUUGGGUGAGAGAGGGUGACCGUGCAAUAGUCGACCGGAUACUACUACUCGUGCGUGCGUGCCGUGUGUGGAAUGUUUUAAUUGCGAGUUAGGUCAGUAUAUUUACGUUUCUUGCUGGUUUCCUUCUUUGGUCCCCGCUUUUUUUUCUCACCCAUUCCGGAGGACUGUAAAAGGAAAGCCGUGAUGAGUGAAAUGAUUAGAGUAUGCAAACUGCGACAGUGAUCCGUCAGAUGGAUCGUAACUGUGAUCAUGAUGCUAGAGCAGGUGGAGAAUGGUAGAAAGCUAGUUAAACGCUUUAUUUUUCUUUUGGCAAUAGGCAAACGAUAGGGUCGCGCAAAAGCGGUGAAAACUCAAAUCAUUGUGUAAAUAUAGUCAGCUAGUUGCCGUUGAGCUUUCGGUUCACAAUUGGUCGGGGGCAAUCCAUUGCAUUUCCACGCAUGUUCCGUUCCGUUGCCUUCUGUCUCUCUCAGUGAGUGUAUUUUAUUGUAAAAUUUAAUAGAAAAAAAAAACAAGUUUGUUCCUUCAGUACCAGCUAUAUAUUUUAGUAAGCCAAUAGUUUGAACGGCAUAAUGGGUCAAGGAAUCACAAUUUAUUAGGCCAUACUAUCACAUUUCACACUGCCGGAGAGACAGGACAUUAUAAUGCAACGGUCGAACGCACGUGUGUGCAGAUAUAGUCAGAAAUGGUUCAUCUCUUCAUUGGAAGAGCCUCAAAGAUAUUAUAUGAUACAAGCAAACAGAUAUCGAUUUGUGUGUGUAUAGCACACAUGCAUAUGUAAAAAGGGUUAAAAUGCUCGUAUAAGCGCCUCCUCCUCCGAGCGGCAUUAUAGCCUAGAAGUAAGGGAUAUUGGCGUGUUUAAUACAGUCCGUAACACAAUUAAAGCAACACCCGGCGUUUUUGGAGAAUAAAAUAAAAACUAAAACAGAUGGAUAGAGCUGAUGUUCUAAUAAGUUUUAAAGAGUGGGAAAUCACGUCAUUUUAUUAUUUUUACAUUUAUCUCACACAGUUGGUUGUUUUGCUAGAUACAAUAUUCAAUCUUAAAUCGUCAUACCUGUACGGAAUUUCUAGAUAAAACUUUUUUGUCGGCACUGACAGUUUCAUUAACAUUUCAUUAAAGAAUAAGAAAUUCCAAACGAGCUUUUUUUAUUAGCUCUACUUUUUCCUUUCUUUUUUACAUAUCUUACUACCUUUCCAAGCAGUUGUCUUGAUGCAGUUUUUUGUGUCCUUUUUUAAUGUAUAGCAUUUUUUCAAUCUCUUGCUAAUUUUUAUGUUCUAUAUAUACCAACAAAUCGCUAAGAAAUUGUUUAAAAAUAUAUAAGCGUACAGAAAAAUUGUCCAAUAUUCGAGUUGGCCUUAAGCCAUAAGUCCAUAAGCCAAUUCAAAAAUAUAUUUGUUAAAAAAGUGGUAAUUUUGAAUGACCUGUGUUUUAAAAAGAAUUUAGAAAUCAAUUACGUGCCGUAAAAACCAAUUACGUAAAACCUCUUUAGAGAGUACGUAGCACAUAGUACCAGGCCAAAUUAAUUUACCGGAAAAUCAUUCUCAACCGUCUCUUCGAAAUUGCUUCCAAAUCUCGUUCUGGGUGUUUACAUAGUUGCGUUACGGACUGUAGGAUCGCCGUUAAGGUGAUCACCCCGUUUUUUUAACAAUCCACACCACCUCAAUACCAAACCGUGCAUUUCAUUGCCCGAUGCCAAAAUCCCGAUCGCCACUUCGUCGUGCCCUUUUCGUUUUCUCACAAACGUUUGCUUAUCUGUAAUCCACCGAAAGACACACCUGUCCCAAAAUCCCACCCGAGCCGGAAAUUGCCCUCCUCCCCCUUUUGGCUCGACCUAAUUGUGUAAGAGAGCCUGUGUAAAGCUACCUAUUAACUCACGAAAACAAAGCAAAAACUGCAACCUACUGUAAAGCAUCCUAGACACUUAUGUAUAUGAGUACACACUAUAUCUAUAUCGCCGUAGGGGUAGGGAAACAAUCCAACAGCCCAGAGAGAGAGAGAGAGAGAGAGAGAGAGAGAGCGAGCCCAUUGGAGGGAACGAAACGCGUGUAGGCUAAAUUUACGGCAUGAUUUGUAGUUGUAAUCCGGAACUGAAAAUUAUUGGUUGAACAAGAACAGCAAAGAACAGUGAAACAGUGAAC